AUGUUACCCCGAACCCCACCCAAACCAACAAGCAAAGCUUCUACUCCCUCUACGUCCUCAACACCAGCUAGACGGACCUUAGUAGAGAUGUUGAGCCCGGCCUUCACCCGCGAAAUACGCCCAGCAGAGUCGGCUCACAUGGAGAUGGCUAAAGAAUAUAGGCAGACAGGCCUACAAGCUCUCUCUGCCUCUCGCAACCUUAAGGGCGAACUAAAAGCCGCUAUUACCGAGGCAAUCGAAGGUCUUUUCGGAGUCGUCGGCCUAAUUGACCCUCCAUCCACCAUCCGCACCACCCCUCCCGUUCCCACACCACUUACACCAUAG